AUGACAACCUUUAUGCGCCUGAAGACUUCAUUCCAAGCCCGAUCCCCAAUGACAGCUCUCUCCGCAGCACGCACCCAAACACCUCGCACUUCCCUAUACCGAAGCUACGCGACAAAAUCCUCAAAUGACCCCGAGCAACCCACAACCAACCAAACAGACUCGCCCAAUCGCCCAAUCCCCUCCAAUAAAGCAAAGCCCACCCUCCACGAGGGCGAGCGGUCACCUGUUAUAGACAAAGAGGGGAACCCGAAGAAGGAUCUUCCCGAGGAUGUGAAGAAGCACAACCGAGAGAUGGAGGAGCGGUAUGAUAAACCGUAUAACUAUGCCAAUGAUGAAGGCGCGGUUAAGCCUGCUUUCAAGACCUAG